CUGCCGCUGCCUCCUCCAUCCGGCACAGCCGCAGUCAGUCGCGCACUCAAGCCGACGACAGGACUCGUCUCCCGGGCUUCAGGGGGGAAAAGUAGCCUUUCGAGUCCGACCGACGUGUGGAAGGAAAACGAUAAAACAAAACCAGGACAAUGUUUGACUCGACAACUUAGCCCCCCACCACUUUUUUCUUUAUUUUUAUUUUUGGCGUUACGAGAAAGAUUUGCGGGGGGGGGACACGUGGAACGUUUUUAAAAGCAAACAAGAAGCUGCUCCAGAGGGCACCGCGGAAACCCUUUGCCGGCGGACCCGCCAGCGUCCGGGAUGAGUGCCAAAGCCGCCAUCAACAAGGAGGUCUUCGUACCCCACGACGAGAAGAUGCUGGCAGCCGUGCAGGUGAAGCGGAAGACCAAGAAGAAGAUUCCUUUCCUGGCGACUGGCGGUCAGGGGGACUACCUGACAUUCAUCUGCCUCGCAGUGACAAAUAAGAAGCCCGCCCACGUCACCAUCACCAAAGUGAAGCAGUUCCAAGGGUCGUCCGGCUUCGUCAAACGCUCGCAGUGGACAAUCGACCAACUGCGGCAGGUCAACGGCGUCGACGGUAACAAAGAUUCCCCGGAGUUCGACCUCACGUUCGAUAACGCCUUUGACCAGUGGGUCGCCGGUUCCGCGGGAGAGAAGUGCACCUUUGUCCAGAUUCUUCACCACACCUGCCAGCGCUACAUCCCCACGCGAAAACCGGAAUUUGUCAACUGUCAGUCCAAACUGCUGGGAGGCAACAGCAUACUCCACUCGGCCGCGGACAGCGUGACGAGCGCCGUGCAGAAGGCCAGCCAGGCUCUGAACGAGCGAGGCGAGCGGCUGGGCCGGGCCGAGGAGAGGACCGCCGACAUGAUGAACAGCGCCGAGCAGUUUGCCGUCACGGCGCACAAGCUUGCCAUGAAGCACAAGUGUUAAAACCGCCACUGCCAAAACCAACUCGUCUUUGAAAGGGCGCCGGAGGGAGGGAGGGGGGGGGGGUCAUCACCAAUCGCCACUCACUCUCCAGGACCCCCGGAUUUGCGUUGCUUUCGGAAAAAAAAAAGACUUUACCAUAUUUAAGUUUCGGGUAUGGAAGAAGACAAAGAAGUGUUGACUGGAAGUCCGUUGCCACGCUUCUGCUCGCAACCUCAAGCCGUGACUCGAAGACUUGGACCAAUUUCUUUUUUUUUUUUCUGUGACAGUUUUACUUAUUUAUGAGGGCUCGGGUGGGUGGUAGCCACACACACACACACACACACUGACAUUUUAAAGCCAAUCCCAUUUCCACAUUAAUAAUUAGACGACGCCCUUGGGGGGGAGAACCUAAAUGAAUAAUCACAUCCGCGCAACAAACGGAGAACAUCUGCUCGCUGCAGCUUUUGCGAUCGAUAAAUCCGCCGGCGUCCGGUCCGAGACUCUCUUUCAGGACCGUUUGCGACCUGGCGCACUUUGAAGUCCGACUAUUGUUGUUGUUUAAACAUUCCGCAAUAUAGAAAAGUAUUUAAUAUAUAUAUAUAUAUAUAUCACAUUUUACAUUUAAAAUUUACCCUCGCAAAUAUCUGUAAUCAUUUUUUCCUGUCAACACUGCCAACGUCAUUGAACCUGGUAGCUUUAAAUAAUAUUCAGGUUUUUGUGUCGUUAAAAAGUCUACAAGUAAUUUACCGGUUCCAGUGCGAAUAUGUUGCCGACGCACAUUCUCAUUUUAACGCGAACUGCCAAAGCAAUAUAAAAGCCGAAACCACUAAUAUCGUGUAAAAUGUGAAACUCGUGAAUUGACGAGCAAGCAGCUAGCGCGACAUGUUUACAGUCUGGAAUUGAUCUCAGUGCUCCAAACAGACGUCUGCAAAAUAUCAAAAAUUUCUUUUAACAAAAAAAAAAAAAAAAAUGUCAAGCCAGUAAUAGUUAAUUUGACUGUAAUCCACUCGCUAAUGUAAUGUAAAAUGUUAUAACAUAAACUCUUACUUCUGAUCAUAAAAGAUUGCUGCCUGGCAAGCGGUUAGCACACAAAGCUAAUGUAGCGGUCUCCUGAGUCGGAAGUACGCUAUUAAUGAUGUCCAAAAUUUGGAGUUCCACUGUAAAUUUACAUGUAUAAUAUCUCACAAAUCAGACUGAAAAUAUUUAUUCCCCAUUUUUGUUUCUUGUGAGCUCGUCCCGCACUUGAUGAAGAAUGUAUUAUUUUGCGUAUCGGAGGAUUUUUGUGUUAGCGGGGGAGGCUUGAUGAGUCGUUGGGAUCCGCUUCGCUUCCGCCGUGGUCUUCUCUGGUCCGUGUUGUACAGCUGGUGCCGGUUUCACUUCAGAUUGCUACGUUCCAAUUCUAACAUGGCUGGCGCUUCUGUAACAGUGGUCGCGAAGCUUUCUUUACAUUAAAAAAAAAAAAAAAAAAAACAAUAAUAGAUAAAAGGUAAAAUAUUUUACUGACUUCGGAUGUAUUUUGUAAUUGAAAUUUUAAGGCACUCAGCAAAAAUGGUCAGUGCUUUCACUUCCUCAGUCUAACGUAAAACAUUGGAUGUUUAUUGUUUUGAAUAAUAAAGUGUGACUAUUA